AUUCUCAAGCUCUCAUGAAGUAUGGCAAGGAGAUACAGUGAAACUGAAGUGUAUUGUCCAGAAAAAUGUUACCCACAGGGGUGAGUCACACAUGUACUUCUGCAAGGAUGGACUCGGAAUCAGGAUGGAAAUACUAGUUGGUUCAAAGGAGACUACUUUUUGGCUUGCGGAUGUUGGACCAAACGACUCUGGAAACUAUAGUUGUGUUUUCUCAAAACCCAAAUAUAGUCUGGGUGAAGUGACUUCUGUUGGACAAAAGUCUGUCUUUGUCCAUGUCAAAGAUUUUGAGGAUGCCAGGAUUUUCAUAAGAAAUUCUUCUGUGUCGGAGGGAGACACUGUGGAUAUCAAAUGUGCUGCUCUGGAGUCUACAACAGAGACAUUCCUACAUAUGUACCUUUGCAGGAAUAGACUUGGAGUCAAGAAGAAGGUGUUUGAAGGGAGUUCUGGUGCCCAUUUUACCCUCAGACACAUCAGAGGAGAAGGCUCCGGCAAUUACAGCUGUGUGUACUCGAAGAAGACACACACCACUGACAGUGUGAGAUGCGGGAAUGAAAACUCAGCCACUCUCCAAGUCACAGAAAAUUCUUCUUCUUCUAACAGAUUGACAAAUGUCCUUCCUAUGUUCAUUCCUAUCCCUAUCGUUUUACUCUGUGUUCUUGGGGGGACUGUUGUGUUGUGCAGAAAAUCCAAUAAGAAGGGUGAGUAA